UCUGCUAACUGCUCUGUGUGAAUGCCUGCAGGGGAGGAGGGGUAGCUAGCUAGCUAGCUGCAGUUUUGUGGAUUGUAUGGUGCUGGGUUUGGGUUAUAGACUUCUGCUAUUAUUCGUCAAAGACCUAAUCCCCGACACCGGAUUUUGUGCUGGAAGCCAUUUUUUGCGCAACAUUAGGUCUAAACUAAUAAGGAAACAAAACAUAUUUCAGAGCGCAGUCUUUGGAAGUUCAACCAGCCGAAAGCCAGACAUCAUGCCUGAGAGAAGGCCCUUUGUACGGCUGCCCACUGACGUGUUCCCCGUUAAUUACGGGCUCUGUUUGAAGCCUGACCUCAUCGACUUCACCUUCGAGGGCAAACUGGAGGCCGCCGUGGAGGUGACACAGGCUACAAAUCAGAUUGUGAUGAACUGCGCUGACAUUGAUAUCAUUACAGCAUCUUUUGGACCGGAAGGAGGGGAAGAAAUAAGUGCCACUGGAUUCAACUAUCAAAAUGAAGAUGAAAAAGUCACUUUGUCAUUCCCAAGCAGUCUUCAGAAAGGGUCCGGUACAUUGAAGAUCGACUUUGUUGGAGAACUGAAUGACAAAAUGAAAGGCUUCUACAGAAGUAAAUAUGCAACUCCUACAGGAGAAAUCCGCUAUGCUGCUGUCACACAGUUUGAGGCUACUGAUGCUCGCAGGGCCUUCCCUUGCUGGGAUGAGCCAGCUAUCAAAGCCACCUUUGACAUCACCCUCAUCGUUCCAAAGGACAGAGUAGCCUUGUCAAAUAUGAAUGUCAUUGAUCGAAAGCCAUAUCCAGAUGAUGACAGCCUUGUAGAGGUGAAGUUUGCCACCACACCCAUCAUGUCCACGUACCUUGUAGCAUUCGUCAUCGGCGAGUAUGACUUUGUUGAAAGUCAGUCAUCAGAUGGCGUGACAGUUCGUGUCUACACCCCCAUUGGAAAGUCAGAACAAGGGAAAUUUGCUUUGGAGGUUGCAACAAAGACUUUACCUUUCUACAAAGACUACUUCAAUGUUCCAUAUCCACUGCCUAAAAUAGAUCUCAUAGCUAUUGCUGAUUUUGCUGCUGGUGCUAUGGAGAACUGGGGCCUUGUUACCUACAGGGAGACUGCUCUGCUCAUUGACCCCAAAAACUCCUGCUCCUCUUCACGUCAGUGGGUGGCACUGGUGGUAGGACAUGAGCUAGCACACCAGUGGUUCGGCAACCUGGUUACCAUGGAAUGGUGGACCCACCUUUGGCUGAAUGAGGGAUUUGCUUCUUGGAUUGAGUACCUGUGCGUGGACCACUGUUUCCCUGAAUAUGACAUUUGGACACAGUUUGUUUCUGCUGACUACACCCGAGCUUUGGACCUGGAUGCAUUGGACAAUAGUCACCCCAUUGAGGUGAACGUGGGACACCCGUCAGAAGUGGAUGAAAUCUUUGAUGCCAUAUCCUAUAGCAAGGGAGCGUCUGUAAUCCGCAUGCUACACAACUACAUAGGAGAUGAGGAUUUCAGGAAAGGAAUGAAUGCUUAUCUUAUAAAGUUCCAACAUAAAAAUGCAUCAACAGAGGACCUGUGGGACUGUCUAGAACAAGCCAGUAAGAAGCCCAUUGCUGCUGUAAUGAGGUCAUGGACCAAGCAGAUGGGCUUUCCUAUCAUAUUUGUGGAUCAAGAACAGCAAGGAGAAGACCGUGUGCUUAAAAUAUCUCAAAGGAAGUUCUGUGCCAGCGGACCUCACAAUGGUUGUGCCUUGUCUUCAGGUGAAAGCUGUCCGAACUGGAUGGUCCCCAUCAGCAUCUGCACCAGUGAAGACCCAAGCUGCUCCAAGCUUAAUGUGUUGCUGGAUAACUCUGAAACUACUGUCACCAUUAGCAACAUAGGCCCAAACCAGUGGGUCAAGAUCAACCCAGGUACAGUGGGCUUCUACCGGAUCCACUACAGCUCCGCCAUGCUAGACAGCCUGUUGCCAGGCAUUCGGGACCUGACUUUGCAGCCCGUAGACAGACUGGGACUACAGAAUGACCUCUUUUCCCUGUCCCGUGCAGGCAUGAUCAGCACAGUCGAGGUGCUUAAGGUGAUGGAGGCCUUUGUCAAUGAGCCCAAUUACACUGUAUGGAGUGACCUGAGUUGCAACCUGGGGGUGCUGUCCUCAUUGCUGUCUCACACCGACUUCCAUGAGGAGCUCCAAGAGUUCAUCCGUGAUCUCUUCACACCCAUUGGACAGAAGCUUGGCUGGGACAGUAAGGAAGGGGAAGGCCACCUUGAUGCCCUGCUGAGAGGCCUUGUCCUGGGCAAGCUAGGUAAGGCUGGUCACAAGCCAACACUGGAAGAGGCUCGUAGACGAUUCAAGGACCAUGUGGAUGGCAGACAGAUUCUCUCUGCAGACCUCAGGAGUCCAGUUUAUCUAACAGUGCUGAAGCAUGGAGAUAAUGCAACAUUGGACACAAUGUUGAAGCUUCACAAGCAGGCUGAUAUGCAAGAGGAGAAGAAUCGCAUUGAGAGAGUGCUGGGAGCCAUCUCCUCCCCUGAACUCAUUCAGAAGGUCCUCAACUUUGCCCUUUCGGAUGAGGUGCGUCCCCAGGACACAGUCUCAGUGAUUGGGGGUGUAGCUGGAAGCAGUAAGCAGGGCCGGAAAGCUGCUUGGAAGUUUGUGAAGGACAACUGGGAGGAGUUACAUAACCGUUAUCAGGGGGGCUUCCUCAUCUCGCGACUAAUAAAACUUUCUGUUGAUGGGUUUGCCGUGGACAAGAUGGCUGCUGAAGUGAAGAGUUUCUUCGAGAGUCACCAUGCACCGGCAGCAGAACGUACUGUCCAGCAGUGCUGUGAGAACAUCCUCCUGAAUGCUGCCUGGCUGAAACGUGACGCUGAUGACAUCCAUCAGUACCUACUGCAGCGCAAGGCACCUCCAAGCACCCUGUCUGUUUGACACCCCCCCCCAUUUUGCAUACACACACACACACACACACAAACACAAAUAAACAUCCCCCCACUGAUAGGGGAGGGGGAGUACUCAGGCAAACCAGGCUUCAUUUUUCUAAAACAAUUAAAAUAGUGAGGAAAAAACAUUCAAAGGAGAAAACAAACUUAAGCAUCAAGUCAGACAGUGAAUGUAAGUUACUCUCACUCUGCUCAUUUGAUAUUAUAUACAUGCAAGUUGAAACAAUUAUAUUCAAGCUGAAAAAAUGGAGUACUUGCAUGCACUUAAGUUACAAAAACCCAGAAAUAUUAUUUUCCUCAUUACAAUUUUCUUCAAUUGGUAGUAACCCUUUCUAUAAUAUUUCCUUUUUUCUGUAAAAAUGAUGACGCAAGCAUUUUCAGCCAACAAUGUCCAGCUGUAGAUUCCACUGAAAAAAGGUGGGAAGAGAUUGGGCAGGAUGAGGAUAACAGUACGUUAUUUAGAUUGCAGUAGGAACACUACAGCAGAGGUUAAAAGGGAAUGGGCUGAGUUAAAUUUGGGCCCCAUUUACACAUACGUGUGUGUGCAUUUAUGUAUAUGUUACACAUACAUGCAUAGACACACACGUGCCUUUACACAGUAUACUUACAUACUUGCAACAGAUCAGUGUGUAUAUAGUAUCACAUAUGUCAUAAAUCAAGCUGUAGUUGUACAUGAUCUCCUCCUCCCUAUCCCCACUUCCGAUUUCUGUAUGGAAAACUAUAAAAAUCUUAAAUGUUAGUACAUCUCCCUCACAAAUUAGAUUACUUUCAAAGUUAUUUAAGAGAUUUUGUUUCAAUGAUUAUUUUUUUGUUGUAAAACGUCUAGAGAACUGUGUAGAAAAUCAGGCAUUUUACAUUUACAGAUCAUUUUUACAGUUAAUUAAAUAAAAUCAUUAAGUUUAAACAACCCCCCCCCCCCGAACGUCGCAACAGUAACAAGUAACAUAAAUAUUUACACAGCUGUUGAACUCUGAAGCCUUAAAUUGGUUUGCAAUAAUUACUACACUGUGAAGUGGUAAGUUUCUACACUGAAAAAUAAAGCAAUGUUCUACUAACAUCACAAUUCUACACAAAGACUUGUUGAAUAAAUAUAUUUAAUUAGAGUUUGAAAUUUGUUGUGGCUUUAAACUAUAC